CUGUUGUCAGUUUAAUAUUUCUUUUUAUUAUUGUCAGUAUCAGUUGCCAGUUCUCAGCCUUACUAAAACAAGGCUGUUCUCUUUGACUUCAUCACCUUAUAAGAAACAUUACUGGCAUUUUAGAACCCAGGACAUUUUCUAAAUCUAGCUUUAAAGAGAAUUAUGACGUUUCUAUUACUACAGGCUUACGGCUUCACAGGAUUUGUUGAGCUGUAUUGAACAUUCUUCAUUACCACACUGAAGGUUUGGAAAGUGGGAGAAUGAUAUAUAUGACUGGUGUACAUGUCACUGUGGAAAUCUGUCAGUCGUGACAGUUUUCACUGAUUUCUAGUGCAAUAAUAUUGUAUUGCCGUGGUAAUGUAAAUGUCGACUUUGUAACAGCAUCACUCUGGAAAAUCUGAGUGGGUGGAAGAAAACUUUUUUCACCGCAGUCUGAGCUAUCCCAGCUUUUUUAAUUGGUUCAAAUGUGGCACAGAAUAAGUGGGGAUGAAAGAGCCUGUUCUCUAUGGACUGUUUCACAAAGAAAAAUGCCAUUUUUCUAUGGAGGUGCUUUAAAGGAUUUCUGUUUCUAUUCUGUUCUCAUAUCUGCAAAAAGAAGUAAUGUUUUGAUGAAAAAAGUUCAGGUUUGCUAUAGAAUUGAUCAGAUAAUGUAGUAAUGUAGAAAACAGAGUGCCUAUAUGUAUUAUCCAUCAUAAUAAAAUACAUUCUUCAAUAGAAUUUAUACAUCUUGCACUGCUAAAAUACAGUAGAGACUGUUUACAUAAAAUAACUGCUAAAAUAUGUGAAAUACAUUCAAUAACGUGAUGCUUAGAACUUGCCAAGAAGAACAUGUACUAAUUCCUAUCCACCUCCAUUGUUACCUUAAGAGCAGCUCUCUCCAUAGCAACUGAAAACUUUUCAAGGCAGCAAUAAACUAAUCCUCUCCAGCUUCCAGAGCACCAUCAAGGAAUUUUAAAAACAUUGGACUUCUAGCAGCUAAAUACUUCCGAGGAUUCAGAAGGCCACAAAGCUAGAUACACAAGCAUUCUUUUUUCCCUUCAGAAGAUUCCUCAGGUUUCAAGUUUAAGCUGUGAAGUGCAAACAACAAUCCAACAUUCAGUGCAGAUCACGCACUGCAGGAAGAGGAGAUGUGUUUUCUGACCAAGCAUCCAGCUCUUGGGGUGGUAUGUUCCGCUUUCAUAUUCAGCGUGCUCAUUGCUGAAGGACAGCCUGGGGAAGAGCAUGGGCAGGAUGGCAGCUAUGCUCCCAGCCAAGGCUAUCUGAUGGAAGUUUUACGCAUUCUUUCAGCUGACAACACUGAGCUCCACAUGAACCACUCACAAGAACUGGUCAAAAUGUUACUGGAGAGAACUGAGUGCCCACAGCGGAUUUAUGGCAUGCAAGAGGACUGUAAUCUGUGCCUUGAACCAGAUGCUUUGUUACUAAUAGCUGGUGGAGGUUUAGAAGACCAUCUCAGUGAAGAAGUUUUUGAAAGAAUUUCUCUUAUUCUUCUCUACUAUGUUCUUCAUCGUAGAGAUAUGUGUUCUUCAAAAUUCAGCUUGAAUAAUAAGGACUAUAAAUUUUAUCUGCAGAGUAUGCUUAGUUUAAGACAUGAUGAAGAUUGUUACUAUUUUUCACGAAAUGAAACUGAAGAUAUUUUGGCUGCAGUAAGGCAACAUUUUAAAACUUCUGAAACUGAGUGUGUUGAUUUGAGUACUCUGGAGAAAAAUGCUGAUAUAAUGAACAGAGAUGGUGCUGAUGAAAACACUCUUCCACGCCUGGCUGCUUUAAUCAUUACUCUUGCUCUCCAAGGAGUCUGUAUGGGGAAAGCAAGUUUGCCCUCUCCAGAAUUCUUUAUAAAAUAUAUUUUCAGUUCUCUAAACAGUACCACUGAGCUCCAAGUGACAGAACUAGAACAACUACUAAAUGUGCUUACAGCCAGAAAGACCUGCACUGUAAAUGGGCAAUUCCACAGUCACAAAAGAAGACGUUAUAGCAUGGCAAUCAGAGGUAUUGGGACCAGAAAUAUUCCAGUCAAAGGAAACCAUACGAAAGGAAACAAUCUGAAAGGAUAUUUUGAAGAUUAUGAAAGUAACACAGAUUGGGAACAGGUUUGUUUCUCUGCCAAUGAACUUGUGAAGAUAUUUUUUAAAAACAGCUCUUCCUCCAUUUCUAAGGACCAUUUCAAGCAAAUCAGUCCAGCUAUUAUUCAGCAGCUAUUAAGCUGUUCAUGUCAACUUUCUGACUCCAAGAAGACGAAGCUUCCACCAACAGCUUUGGAAAAAUACGGUUACAGCACUGUUGCUGUUUUACUUAUUACUAUUGGAUCUAUGUUUGGUACAACCCUCAUUUUAUUUAACUCCUGUCAAGAAAUCUAUACACUCAUCUUACAGCUGUUUGUUGGUUUGGCUGUUGGGACCCUUUCUGGAGAUGCACUGCUACACCUUAUUCCUCAGACUCUUGGUUUACAUAAACAUGAAACACAAGAAGUAGAACACUUCUAUGAGGGGAAAGAACAUAUCUGGAAACUUUUGGGAAUAAUUGGAGGAAUUCAUGGAUUUUUUUUGAUAGAGAAGUGUUUCUUUCUUUUGGUAACACCAUGUGAUCAGCAGGGCCUUUCCUUAGUUAAUGGGCACUGGGGACAUUCCCAUGAUCUUCCAGUGGAAUCUGAAUUAAAUGAACAUUCAGGCAGAGGCAAAUCUACUUCAACCAUACAGUUGAGAAGUCCAGAAGAUUCUGAGCCCGCUGAAGUUCCUCCGGAGAGUAAGGUGAUCAGCAAAAGAAGUAAGAAAAUUAGCUUGUUAGCAAUAAUGGUUCUGGUGGGUGACAGUCUUCACAAUUUUGCUGAUGGUUUGGUAAUAGGAGCAGCAUUCUCGUCCUCAACAGAAACAGGUGUGACAACGACUAUUGCUAUUUUAUGCCAUGAAAUUCCUCAUGAAAUGGGAGAUUUUGCUGUGCUGCUAAGUACAGGGCUUCCCACGAAGAUUGCAGUUUUGAUGAAUUUUAUAAGUGCGCUAACAGCAUUCUUAGGACUUUAUAUCGGGCUUUCUGUAUCAACUGACCCAUGCAUUCAAAACUGGAUUUUUACUGUUACAGCUGGAAUGUUCUUGUAUUUAUCUUUAGCAGAAAUGCUUCCUGAAAUGACUCAUAUUCAGACACGGCGACCCUGGUUGAUGUUUCUCCUACAGAACCUUGGAUUACUAUUAGGCUGGCUUUGCCUCUUACUUUUGGCUAUAUAUGAACAGAAAAUUAAAAUAUAAGUUUUCUGUUGGAAAUCUUGAAGUACCACUUGUGACAGUGGGUAGCAUUAUUCACAAUUUUGUCAUGUCUGCUAUAGUGAUAUAUAAAUUAAGUUGCUGGGAUUUUAUAUCUGAACAGUAGAUAACUAUUUCACUUUAUUAACUUAUUGUUCAGAUUUUGUAAUUUUUUUUGUAAACAUGAAUGUUUAGAAUUAUGUUCUAUUUGUUACUGAGUUUACCAGAUCCCAUGCUCAAACUCACAGGAGCUUUUGAUUAGUUUUUAUUGAGACUGUUCUAGUUGAAUGCUCUAAGUGAUCUCUGCCAGUCUGAUUGAAAGAAUAAAACACUUUUAUAUGCAGUAAUUAAAGGGGACUAACCAUAGUUGAAUAAUUCAAAGCAGAAAUGUUUUUUGCCUCUUAGUACAAAGAAUAAAUGUAUUUCUAUAAAACUA